CGCGAGUAAAGAGCAGCAUGUUAAACACUUUUGACCAAACUUAAUGUCCUAACUUAGUUUUCUGCGACCUCGUGCUGUCAUUUAGCCUGAGCUAACGUGACUUUAAUGUUUUCAUCAUAAGUGUUGUGUCUCGUUGGGCUAUGGAAGUCUGCAUGACGUUUUGACUUAAUCUCUCUGAUUGAUAUCGAGGUCUUUCUCAUAGUAGGGGUUUGAAUCUUUUUUUUUUUUUUUUUUUGUGGUAGGUUGAUUGAAGACUCUAAAUUGUCCGUAGGGGUGAAUGUGAGUGCGUAUGGUUGUUUGUUUGUUUCUAUGCGCCCUGCGAUUGGCUGGCGACGGGUUCAGGGUGUACCCCGCCUGAAGAUAGCUGGGUUAGGCUCCAGCACGCCCGCGACCCUAGCGAGGAGAAGCAGUGUAGAAAAUGGAUGGAUGGGUUGUAAAGACAAGAGGAACUGUCACAUGAGCAAGCAUGCCAUCAAAUCCAAGCUCAACCAACAGUGCAGGCAGCGGUCCAGGUCACCCUGAGGGCAUCAUCCCUAUGGUCUUGACAUCUGCUACUCAGCAGCACUUUGGUUGCGUUGCUGAUGAGGACGUCACAGGGGAGAACCCCUACAAGCUGCUGAAAAAAGAUGACAUCUUAGAGGACAUGAAAACAAAGGCCGCAGUGUCUGAUUUCAGCCCUGUGAAGCAGAUUAUUCUGGAUUAUCCAGAAAGUGAGCUUUUGCUAGUUUUUGAUAGGGACUUCAUCUACGGCCAAUUGUUCUAUCUGGUUGUGACACCAGAAGCCAAGGAAAGAAUCCUCAAUCCCCCUGAACCUGAGCCUGAAGAAGAUUUAGUAAAUGAAAUCAAAACUCCAGAACCAAAGGAAUGGAUAUCACUCGGUAGUGAAAAAGAAAUAGAUGAAGAAUCUGUCAAAGAGACAAGAGGAAAGCUAAUGUACAUGUUCUCCAGAGCUCGGAGUGAUUUUGGGAUGCCGGUCUCUUUUUUGGACCGCAAUGUUACAGAUGCCAAAGAUGGCAACCUGGAAUGUGUUUCCUACCAAGACAGACGAUUCAACAUCAAGCUGUUACAGAGGGAUUGCGGGGUGCAGGCUAUUCCCAUACUUCAGAGCAGCAGUGCCCAGACACAGUGGAAGUAUAUGAGAAAUAACUGCACACAGUACACGCCAGGAGAAUUGAGCAGAAGUGAGAAGGAGAAGACCACCCAACCAAGCUUAAGUGAUUUCUGUAAUGCAGUAACAAACAGGGUUCUGCAUGCCCUUCAGCAAGAGGAGAUUAUGAAUGUGUUCAGAGAUGACUGGAUGGCUUUGGGGAAAGAAACCGAGGACGUGGACUGGUCUGGGAAGGUGUCAGAUGCUUUGAUGCUGAAUCAGGCUUUUUCUGACCCCAGAUACUCUCAGGACAAGGAGAUCAGCUGCAUGCACUGGCAUCCCACCAUCCAGAAUGUGAUAGCUGUGGCGAUGACAGAAAAGAAGCAGCAGAAUUUGAUCAGAUCUACUGGGCCGCUCAUAGUUUUUUACAGCUUCUCUGACCCAACUCAUGUCAAGAUACUGCUAGAGUGCCCAGACGACAUACUUGCCUUUGAAUUUUGCCCCUCUGAUCCAAAUAUUAUUGUUGGCGGCUGCCUGAACGGGCAGGUCGUGUUGUGGGAAAUAUCUGCUUACGUCGUGCAUUUACACCCAGCCCAACAUGGUCAUCAUAAACAUGAAUCUCUCAAAACUGACAUGCUGGGGCUUGAGGACAAGAAACACAGUAAAGCUCCACUUGUGCGCUACAGUGCAAUGUCUGGAGUGGAGAACAGCCACAAAGCACCAGUUACAGAUGUCCACUGGCUGUCUCAGACAUUUGAGGUAACUGCUCAGGGCAUUCCAGUGGAGAACAAAUCCAAUAUUUCUGUUCAACUGAUCACCUGCUCCCCUGAUGGAUCUUUAAUGUUCUGGGAUAUCCGAAUGCCAAAACAAGGGCGCCAGACCGCACCAGACAAGAAGCAGAAUGAUUUGGAGUCUCAAAUGGCAAAUUACAGCGACAACAACCCUUUCAAACACUUGGAGCGGACAUGGAAACCCUUGAUCAUGGUUCCCUUGGUAAACAUGGAGCGGAACGGAGAUUAUGCCCCAAUAAGAUUCAGCCUUUAUCCCUACACCAAUAAUAUAAUUAACAGCACCACAAUCUCAGAAAAUGUUGGUGAUGGCUCAGCAGUAUCAGCAGACUACAGUCAGCUACAAAUGCCCUCAGCCAAAGGACAAACACCUCUGCCAGACAUAAAUACCAUGAUUUAUAUUGGAACACAGGAUGGGGAGAUUGUUUACACUGACUGGAAAAUGGAAAGAAAUGACCUUGAUCAACUACUUAGUCCCAAGCCCCUUCAUUUUUUCAGAAUUCAUCCGUGCCUGGUCAAUACAAUAGAGCGUUCACCCUUUUUUAAAGACAUUGUCUUGACUGGAACUUCACUAUUUGGAAGCUCCAAUAUUGCCAUUUGGAAAGAAGGAGUGUUGGACGGCCCAAUUAUCCUGUUGCCGAGCUUGGAAGGUCUAUGCACUUCGGCAUGCUGGUCUUUGACCCGGCCGGCAGUUUUCUUUGUUGGAAAAGGGGAUGGAAAAAUUGAGGUCUGGAACAUUCUCGAAAAUACGGGAGAAGCUGUGCACGUGCAAGAACACAUGACCAAUGGCAAGAUAACCUGCAUUAAACCAUGGACCGUCUCCUCCAAGCAACACUUUCUGGCUGUGGCUGAUGAUCUCGGAAUAGUCCGUGUAUUUCAAAUCCCACCAGUGUUCUACACUGCUUCCAGGAAUGAGAAGUUGAAUGUGGGGAAAUGCAUUGAUCAGCAGCAAGAGAGGCUAAUCGAUCUUUUGAAGAGGCAAGAAGUGUGGCAAAACCAGACACCGGGAUCAGAGGAUCACAAAGAAGUGGACCCUGAGAAGCCAGGAACCCCCACAGAAGAACAAGAUGACAUGAAGGAGUAUGAUGAUUUUCUGGUGCUAGAGGAAAGCAUCCUUAAAAGCAUGGGAUUCACGCCAUAAUGAAAAAGGCAUGGUUUGUUUUACACUUUGUUUUAAUAAACCUUUAGGAUAAUGCAAAAACGCAAUUUUUACUUUACAGUAUAUACAGGUUUUUUUUCUUAAAUGUUCAACAUGAAACAAAAUUCUUUAAUAUAAAAAAUAAUAAUUUAGCAUUGACAUUUGCUUGAUUAGGAGAAAAAAAACAAUCAUUUAAUCCUUAUCAAAAUUAAUAUGAUCAAUAUUCAAAGCAGUGGCUCCAGGGUUUCAAGUGAAUUUUCCCUCCUUCCAAUAGUGCUGCGCGAUAUAUCGAGAUGCUCGAUUCGAUCAAUAUUUUAUUCAUGCUUGAAAUGGAAAACAGAGAUCUUUGAUUUUAUGUUUUCGCUAGUUCACGAGAUUACAUUGCCCCGCACAGCUCUUGUUGCGCAGAAACAACAUGGAGGACAUGCUAGCGACUAGCAAGCAAGAAAUACAGUAGUCCCAAAAAUUGUCAUGUAACGUCUAUCAAUUGGAAAGAACAGCAGUCUGCAAAAUGUUCAUGAAAGAUGUUGCGACAAAGACAAGCAUAUCUGUGUAAAAUCAUCAGAAGAUAAAGCAUGUUAUUGCGUGCAUGCAUGUAAUAAUGUAUGUAUCGUGCUAAAGAGUGCCACUCCUGUAACGUUAUCCAAACAACGUUGCGGGCUGCGUCGCGAUCGUGCUGGCAGUUGAAGCGCUUGUGUUUUUGUGAAUGGGGCAGGAAGAUGACAAGUUGCUAGUUUGCUGAUCACAGGCCAGACAGAAAGCGCUUCAGUGGCUUGUGUAUGUUAGCAUUUGCUUUGCUGCGUGCGCAAUCACGCAAAUAGCGUAACAGUGGGCCGCCGUCACUGUCUGAGCUACUGGUUCCAGACAGUUGCGUUUGCUCAAUGUGGCAUUAUUGUAUUUUUAUACAGAUCACCGCAUUGUAUUCAU